GACCUUGCCUGCCUGCCCCUGACUCAGGUGUUUGCGGCCAGGCGCUGACGCUGCUACUGCGGCUGACCUCGCCCGCGCGAUACGGCCCGUGGACUAAUAUUUGCAGCUUGACAGCAGUCAAAUCUAUCAUCAGCUCCUCCUCCAAGCAGAAAAGUUAGGAGUGGCCUGGGCCUGAGGCCGAGGGGAAGGCGCAUCUCCCGGGACUGAGAUGCACCGCUGUCCUGCAUCGUCGCUUUCCGUGUGGGUUCCUUUGGCCAGGAACCAGGGCCUCCUUUUCUUUGAGGCUUACAUCACCCCUCUGUUCUUUCUUCUGGCUGGGCCAGUUUUUUGUUUUUGUUUUUAAACCAGAGGCAUUCUACCACUUUGAGGUACAUUGGGAGAUGGUAAAGAAAUGACUCCCCACAGCACGUCCUUGGGAGUUGAACAAGAAGCUCCAUCUUCAACAGUCUCCACAUGAGGAUCUGAGAAGGAAACCACUCAGUUCCCAAGUUGAGGAAGAGCUAAGCUUUGCUAGACUGCUUGAUUGCUACUUUGAGAUCCCCUGAAUGUUCAAGGACGGUAGUGUGCAGCGACCCUGACCUGACGCUGCCGCCCGCGUCCCUCCCCGCAGACACAUGCCGGCUGCGCCUGGAGCGCACGGCCAUGCGCAGGGUGCCGGGAGAGGCCUUCCGGGCGCUGGGCCGCCUCGAGCAGCUCUGGUUGCCCUACAACGCACUAAGCGAGCUCAGCGCGCUCAUGCUGCGCGGCCUGCGGCGCCUGCGCGAACUGCGGCUGCCCGGGAACCGCCUGGCAUCCUUCCCCUGGGCUGCGCUCAGGGACGCCCCCCAGCUGCGGCUGCUGGACCUGCAGGCCAACCAUCUGGCCACCGUGCCUGCCGAGGCCACGCGCUUCCUGGGCAACCUCACCUUCCUGGACCUCUCCAGCAACCAGCUGAUGAGGCUCCCACAGGAGCUGCUGCUCGCCUGGGCGCAUUUGAAGAGCGGACCCUUCCUUCCUGGCCUCCACACUAGGCUGGUACUAGGGCUUCAGGACAACCCCUGGGCAUGUGACUGCCGACUCUAUGACCUGGUCCAUCUCCUGGAUGGCUGGGCUCCAAACUUGGUCUUCAUCGAGGCCAGACUGAGGUGUGCCAGCCCACGUAACCUGGCCGGAAUAGCCUUUAGCCAGCUGGAGCUGAGGAAGUGCAAAGGCCCAGAGCUCCAUCCAGGUGUGACCAGCAUCAGGUCCCCUUUGGGCAGCUCUGUUUUGCUACGUUGUGGAGCCACUGGGAUCCCUGGGCCUGAGAUGCACUGGAGAAGAGCCAAUGGGCGCCCACUCAAUGGCACAGUGCACCAGGAAAUCUCCAGCGACGGUUCAAGCUGGACUCUCCUGGACCUGCCUGCUGUGUCGCACUUUGAUUCCGGAGACUACAUCUGCCAGGCCAAGAACUUCCUGGGGGCCUCAGAGACGCUCAUCUCCUUGAUUGUCACUGAGCCUCAGACCCCCACAGAAGACAGCGGGAGCCCAGGGGUGAGGUGGGAGUGGACAGGCAUCGAGGGAGAGGCUGCUGCUUACAACAAGCUGGUGGCCAGGCAUGCGCCCCGUGUGCCCGAGCCUGCAGUGCUGGCCCUGGGGCCCUCCCUGCCCAGUGUGAAGGAGGAGCUAGCCCUGCAGCACUUCCAGCUCAGCUCGCCGGGGGAGCUGUCCGACGGGCAGGAGGCAGGCGUGGUGAGGUCGCUCAAGGUGGUGGGGGACACCUACGACAGCGUGUCCCUGGUGUGGAAGGCGCCCCAGGCUGGGAACACAACGGCCUUCAGUGUCCUCUACGCCGUCUUCGGGCAGCGUGACAUGCAGCGGGUGACCGUACAGCCGGGCAUGACCAGUGUCACUAUCCAGGGGCUGGUACCCAAGACCAAGUACGUGGCGUGCGUGUGCGUGCGGGGCCAGGUGCCACGCAAGGAGCAGUGCGUCAUCUUCUCCACUGACGAGGUGGCGGAUGCUGAGGGCACCCAGCGUCUCAUCAACAUGGUGGUGAUCAGCGUGGCGGCCACCAUUGCCCUGCCGCCCACGCUGCUCGUGUGCUGCGGGGCGCUCCGCAGGCGCUGCCGGAAGUGUCGUGGGCGAGGCUCUGGGGAGGCAGCGGGCGCCUAUGUGCACCUGGAGAGGCUGACUCGCGGGGAAGACGGCUCCGAGGAGCUGUCCAGGCAGAGCCUCAGUGGAGAGGCAGACAGGCUCCUCUCUGCACGUUCCAGCAUGGACUCGCAGGCAGGCAGGCGCAUCAAUGAGUACUUCUGCUGAGUGCCACCUGCCACUCCCGCCUGGACACCUCCUCCUCACACUUCACCAAUGCCUCCUGACACAAAAUGCUGACUGCAUGCCAGGUGUUCUACACACUUUACCUGCAUUAACUUGUUUAACUCUCAUAACAACCAUUUGUAAAAGGCACCACUUUUUUCUCCCUUUUCCUGGAGGAGAAACAGGGGCUUAAGUAAUGUGGGUGUCUCAGUCAGUUUUGCUGUGUAACAAGUAAAGCAAAAGCUCUGUAGUAUACAUUUACUUUCAUACCCAUGGGUGUUAGGUUGACUGGAGUGGCUCUGCUCUGGGUAUCCCAUUUGGAGCCAGAUUGGAGAGCGGCAGUGGCCACGUGGGGCAGCCUUCUCUCAGGGUGAGGUCAGAUAACAUCAGAGAAAGGAGCAGAAUUGCAACAUGAUGCCUCUUAAAUUCUGAGUCCAGAAUCAGUGCACUGCCACUUCUGCCCAUGUGCUGUCUGCCAAAGCAAGUCUCAGGGCCAAACCCAACUUACGCAGGUAAGGACACAUCCCUGGAGGUGACAGUGAGCCCAAGCAUUUGCUGAGCAGGUUCUCAUUACUACAUUGCCCACCCAGCAGUGGCAACUCUGGAAUCCACUGAUGAUCAUCCUUGCUCGUACACCACAUCGUAGCGACACUGAUGCUAACCCCUGAGCCCUUUCAGUGCAGGCUCUCUAUGGUGUGAGUCUCAUUUUUAGUCACUCCCCUUGCUAGACACACAUACACUCCAGUCACCCACCACCAUGUCCUCGCUUAGUUCUAGCAUUUGUUCUCUGGGUGCUACUCUGCCUAGAGAUGAUAAUUCAAUCUUCAAUAAAUUCUGGAGGUUGGGUGAUCCCCAAGGGCCACCUUUUUAUCUGUUCCCAGCACGUCAGACUGGAAAGAUCUAAGAGACUCUUAAUAGCAGAGGACAGUGUCACAUCCAGCGCUAUCGGGCAGCCUGCUCGCUUCUGUCCCAUGAUGACUCUUACUGAAACUUACCUGCAUUUUGGAGAGUCUCAGGCCUUUCUGCCCACUCCUCAGGCCCCUGCACAGGAGGCUUUGUGUUCAGUUUUGCCUAAAGCUAGGGAACCACUGCACAGUCUCUGCGCACAGGAGAGAAUGAAUGUUCUCAGCAGAUGCCUCAGCUUGUUUCUUGUCUACAAAGCUGGGCUCCAGCAAGGGCAGCAUCCAGGGUGCCUGGUGUCAAGCUUUUGUAUAACGAAUGAAAACAUCUGGGGACAGUAAGUGGCCCAAGGGAAUUUUUUUUUUGCUAUUGUCAUGUAAAAGGCUCCAUGUCACAUUGAACAUUUUCUAGAUAAAAAGCAUACCACUGUCUUCGUCUGUGGUCUGCAGAUGUUUUCUUUAAAGAAAACCGUACUGUAAAUGUUUUAGUCUCUGUCACUAUUACUUAACUCUGCUGAUGGAAUGCAAAAAGCAGGCACAGACAGUACAUCAGUGAAUGGACACUGCUCUCUUCCCACAAGUGGCGAGGGUUUGACCCACAAGCUGUACUUUGCCAGCCUUUUCUAGAUUUGUAUAGGUUUUUCUACUGUCUCUGAAGACUCAAGACUCAUUUCUGAUUGUUUGGUAUGUAGGAGUGGCAGAUAACCCCCUUCCCAAAUUAGAGCAAAUAUAGGCACGACCAGUGAAAACAGCCACCUCUUGAAAUAACGUGUUGUUUAAAUGGUUAUUGGAGUCCAUCAAGCUUGAGCAAUAAUUGACCAAAAGACAACUAAUAUCCAACUAGUUGUACUGAAUUGUUUGAAGAAAACUUAGAAAACUGAAAACAACAAUUAGAGAGGGAGAGACAGAGACAGAUAGAGAGACAGACAGAGAAACAGACAGAGAGUCAGAGACUUCACACUUUCCAGUGAUUCAGUAGGGCCUAUCUUUGUGGCCCAGAUGAUCAUGAGUUCCAAGUUGGGCAGCCUCCCUGUACUCAACUGUUAAUCUUCACUUUAUGUAUUUCCUGUAAGAAAGAAUCAUUCUGGAUUGUGCUCAUGAAUAUUUAAAUCACUUAAAAAUUCCUAUGGU